CAAAAGGUCACUCCGACAUCAGAAGGGUCGUACUACUGCAUGGCGAAGAUAGGGGAAGACACAGGAAUCAGCAACAGCAUCAAGUUUAGUGUAGUCACUCCACCAUCAAAUACCAGAGUUACCUCAGUGCCCUCCCCCGCUGUUGUGUUUGAGGGCUCACGCAUUGUCCUGAGUUGUGACACAAAGGGCUCCCACCUGUCCUACACGUGGUUUUUCAACAUGAAGGAAAUAACAUCUUCAACCUCUUCUUUACUGAAUGCCACUGGGAACAAGCUAGUGAUGGAGAGGGUGACUCCAGGGCAUGCCGGGUACUAUUAUUGCAUGGCUUGGUCCAUUUUGUACAACACCAAGAGGUUUUCCACCAGCAGACCAGAGGUCAAGGUGGAGGUCAAAGUCUAUGUUUCAACACCAAGAAUCUCCUUCUCCAUCUUCAAAGAGGGAGACAGAUACCGUGGCAACGUGACCUGCUGGUCAUUAAGAGGGACUCCUCCAGUCAACUUCUCUCUGUCAUUAGAUGACAGGGAAGAGGGAUCUGUCGUAGCAGCUGAAUCCCUUGCUGCCUGGUUCCUUAUUCCCAUGGAGCUCAGCCUGGACAUGGGUGUGGCUCGAUGUCGGGUGAAAAAUGAGGUGCAGGAGUUGUUGAGUGAGCCUUUGACUCUGGAAGUGGUCCCAGUCGGAGGUGAGGUAAAAGUGGAAGUUGAACAUCUUUACAGAAGUGACUUUGAACUGGCUGGUGUCAGGCUGAACUGCCAAGUAAGCAGAGGAACUUUUCCUUAUGUCUCUUGGCUUUUGAACGACUCUGCUCUUCUUCCUGAGACCCAUGAGGAUACCCAUAUUCAGCCUGUCCUGCCUCAUUAUACCCUUGUUGACCAUAGACGAACCCUCAUUCUGACUGAGCUCGACCCAGAGGUGUUUGGGUAUUACCGCUGCAGGGCCAGGGACAGCUUUGAUGACUCUGGUGCCUGGGUAGAGAGUGCAGCCGUCCCGCUCCGAAGAACAGACAGGGUCCUUAACUCCAUGCCACAAGCAACAUCUGCCACUGAAACACCACCAAAGGUUCUCAUGGUAACCAUAGAGGUCAUCGCCAUAAUAUUCUGCGGCUUCCUUGUACUCACUCUGGCAGUGGCAGUAGCCUGUGUGUACAGAAAGUUUGACUGCAAGCAAGCCCAUGCCCACAGUGCUACAACAAAUCCCAGUCCGGAUACACUCCCCAUGUCCCAGUCAGGAGGCAGUCAGGCUGAUACUUCAUCUGUUGAACUUUGCUCUUCUUCAGCGUAGUGAACUACAAGAAGUGGCGCAACAGUUACUUUCUGUAAAAUGCACUCUUGACCAACUGAAUUGUUCAAAAA